AUGCAAAGAAUCACUAGUGAACUCGACAAUAAAUCCCUCCCAAGACCAUUUUCCUUAAUUACAGCUGAGGCUGAAGACAACCCUGAGUCUAGAACUUAUAAGUGCGAUUCUUGCGGACUCGUUUUCCUCAGCUUUUUCGGGCUCAAAAUCCAUAAAUCCUCUGAUAGAGAGUCAAGUGGCCUACUCAGUUCUGGAGUGUCGUUGAAAACUCCAUCUUCUCCAACAAGCCAAAUAGUUACGAACAGCUGUAGCCAAGUUGUGAAACAAGAAGAAACGCCAAAGCCGUGCACAACGGAAGUUCUAUUUUGCAAGGAUUGCAAAAAAGAAUUCAAAACUUUCAAGGGCCUUCAGCAACACAUCGGGAAGGUUCAUGAGGUAGAAAAUAAGCAAGCUUAUUGUCAUAUUUGUCUAACUUUUCUUGUAUAAAAUUAAAUUUUUUAAAUAUUUUAGUGAAUGAAAAAUUAAUAGAAAUUUUUUUGGUAUUAAGUUUUCAGGGAAACACGAUUAAUUUUUAAAUAACAGAUGCAUUUAUUUUAAUUAAAAUACAUUAUAUUAUUUAUUUUUUAGUAUUUUUUUAAAAAAACAUUUUGAUAAUUUUUUUAAUAUUAAUUAAUAUAGAAAAAAUGAUUAUAAAUUAAAUCUAAUUAUUUGUUCAUUCGAGAGUAAAAAAAAAUUUAGACAUAAGCAUGCAGUAAAGUUCCAUAUAAACCAAGUGCAUGAUAAAACUACAAGAAUUUCAUGUGAAUUCUGCAAGAAGAGCCUUUACAAUAAGUAUUUAUUGGACGAACACAUGAAGAGGUGUCCGGUGAAAGCUGACUAUUAUCAAUAG